CAGAAUUUCACUUAUUCAAGCUCUCUCUCUUUCUUUUUUUACUGCAAUAUUCAUUCAAAUGCCAAAGAUAAAAUGCAUACUAGAAUCACACCACAAAAUACCAAUUCCUAUUCUUGAAAUCCUCGUAGGUAAUUUACCUCAGGUAUCAAGUACUAUUAAGGAAGUCGUAGAAGAGGCAGUAGAAGAGCCAAAAGAAGAAACAGAUGGUUGGGACAAAGACUGGAGUUGGGGAGCAGAAGAAGAUUCAACGUCGAAUCGUACAGAACUUACAACCCGAUCUCCUUCUCCCAAUAUACUCUCAAAGGACUAUCUUAUAUCCUCCUCUGGUGACGGUCGAACACUCGUUUUAGCAUAUAGAACAAAGUUUAUUGUUGUUCAGGUGAACAGCGAAGGCGAAUAUUCAGCCAUAGGUCAAAACUUAGGAAGCAGUGGUGAACUCAUCACGUCCGUAUUAUGCUUACCACUCUUUGUACCUUCAACACGGUCAACUCAAAAUUAUGUCAUGUGUGGAUAUAAUACCGGAUGGAUUCGAGUAUUCUCGGAGUCUGGUGUUCUUUUAACAGAGCAGCAAUUAGAAACAACCCCUGUGCUGACGAUAAAGAUGAGAACGCCACCUCCAACUUUCAAAGUGCCGGCUCAUUCACAACUCAAAGAGGAUGAAGAUAUUACGAUACUGUUUGAAGGAAAUAGAGUAGUGAGUAUUGAUGGCCAGAGCUUGUGGUUAGUACUGAGAGUAUGUGAUGGACAACGAGAAAGUGGCAUUGAUGCAUCUCGAAUGCACACUGCAUUUCAGUACAAGAAAUGGGAACUUCAGCAUCAGGACCAAGUAAAGGAUAUUGUUAGUUUAGGCCCUUCACCUACACAUUCGUGGAUACCAAAGUUUUCUAAUUCAAACACAACCCUCACACACGCUUUACUUGACGCAAGCACAAGAUACAUUGCUGUUGGAGCUUAUCCCAUGCUUUCUUAUUAUGCCACUGCUGAUUCUUCCAGCUCAUUGUCAGCUGCAUCUAUGGCAACCUAUGUCAUGUCACGAGUGACAUCGCCUGUCUUCUCCUUUGCCAAGUCCUGGUGGGGUUCAUCAGCUAACAACACGGCAAAUCAAAAGCGAGCAGGCACACCCUACGUGCCCAACAUACCACACCCUCCUACAAACAUUGAGCCAGCUACGCCUAUUCCAGCUGUUCUGGUGGCUAAUGAUUCAUUCCGUCAGAUAAACCAAAUCUACAUGGGCCCACCUUCCACAAGUUCGCAGAGACACACAUUGGCAGCAACAAGCGAUGCCCUAGGCAGAGUGAUACUAUGGGAUGUGUUGGAAGGAGAGAUGAUACGAAUGUGGAAAGGUGUGAGAGAUGCUACGUGUGGUUGGGUCGAGGUCUUUGAACACGAGCUUUAUCAGCAGCCAUUACCGUCUGGAGUGCCAAAGGUCUUACAAUUCUUGGUCAUUCAUUCGUCAAAAAGAGGCAUCCUCAAGAUAUUUCAAAUGAGACAUGGGAAACAAGUAGGUGCCUUUCAUGUCGGCCCUGGUUGGCAGCUAAUCUCUUGUGCAAGAGAGCCGCUUGGAAGCAGCAUGGUUAGCAUAGAUAGAAGAAAAAAGGCUAAAGGUACCGAGAGAUGCGAGUAUGGCUUGCUCUCAAAUUGCUUACUUGUUGGUCCUGACGGCGAUGUCCGAAAGAUCAAAGUGACGUUGAAGGCUUAAAUAUGUAUACAUUUUGAAUCAACUUUUGGAACUAUUCCUUAUUACUAAUAACUUGCUUAAUAAUAAUAAAAAAAUAUCUGAAUGAAAAAUACAGGAAAGUAGAUGACUU